AGCUGAAAGAUGUCUCAUCCAUCAUGGCUUCCACCAAAGAUCUCAGAAGAUAGUUCAGGCCAUGUGACUGCCAGAAUGGAGACCACCCAAGGAUUUGGAAUGCCCAGUAUCUCUGUGUCAACACAACAGGCCCCUAAGAAGUUCGCUCCUGUUGUUGCCCCAAAACCAAAAUACAAUCCUUACCGAGGGCAGUCAGAGGAUGGAGAUGGUGAUUUUCCUCCUCCUCCACCACCACCUUUUGAGGAUUCGAGUAAUCUUCAAUCUGUUGGUAAUUUUCCUCUACCACCUGACGACGCCAUGUUCAACAUUCAGGUAAAUACUGGGGGAAAGACCAUUGAAGAACGGCGUUCAAGUUUAGAUGCAGAGAUUGACUCAUUAACCAGCAUUCUUGCCGAUUUGGAAAACAGCUCACCAUACAAGCCUCGAUCUCAACAGGGUUCUGGAAGCACAACUGGUACUUUGACAUCUCCUCCUGCUGGGACACCUGUGACUGGUCAUAAGAGGAUGAUUAUUCCAAAUCAGCCUCCUCUUACAGCAACUAAGAAAUCUGCAGCCAAACCGCAGCCACAGUCCACUUCCCAGCCUGCCCCAGCAGGGUCACCAGGAUCUCAAAGACCACAGCCGGUACCAGCUUCUUAUACUACAGCCUCCACUCCUAGCCGCCCUACAUUUAAUGUGCAAGUUAAAUCUGCUCAGCCAAGCCCUCACUUUGUUCCACCAGCCCCACAACCAGGACAACCUUACAAUAUUGCUCCAAACCAGUAUUAUGCUCCCCAGCAGGCCAGAUCCCCUGGGCCUGCCCAAUAUGCAUCUCAGCCACGUGGUCCUGAGUACAUUCCUCCACAGCCUACAAGGUACACUGAGCCUGGAUAUGGGUAUCCACCUGGAGGCCAGGUCAAGUAUCAAGAUCCCUACUACCCAACAGCACAGGGUUACAGUGGGCGGAAUGGAUCUGAUAUUCCCUACACACAGCAAGGAGGAUGGAAACCAGAGCCUGCUUAUACAAAUGUACCUGUUGGCCAGCAACCUUCUGGAGCUUAUCAGCCAUCUAACACUAAGAAGACAUACAUCACUGAUCCACCAUAUGCUCCACCCCCUCCACCACACCAGAAGACAGGAUAUCCUGCUCCAAGUUUUGCUCUUAGGCCUGAGGAUGAGUUGGAUCGUCUCACUAAGAAGAUGCUGUACGAUAUGGAGAACCCGCCUUCAGAAGAGUACUUUGGUCGCUGCUCUCGCUGUGGAGAGAAUGUUGUAGGUGAAGGUACUGGUUGCACAGCCAUGGACCAAGUUUUCCACGUAGAAUGUUUCACGUGCAUGACCUGCAACAGCAAACUGCGAGGACAACCUUUCUAUGCAGUGGAGAAGAAGGCUUUUUGUGAGCCCUGCUACAUUCGAACUCUAGAGCAGUGCAAUGUUUGUGCCAAACCAAUCAUGGAGAGGAUUCUGCGAGCAACAGGAAAAGCCUAUCAUCCUCGUUGCUUCACCUGUGUUGUGUGCUUCCGCAGCCUGGAUGGAAUUCCUUUCACAGUUGAUGCAUCUGGCCAGAUUCACUGCAUUGAGGAUUUCCACAAAAAGUUUGCUCCACGAUGCUCAGUGUGUAAAGAACCAAUCAUGCCUGCACCUGGCCAAGAGGAGACUGUUAGGAUUGUUGCUCUGGAUCGUGACUUUCAUGUUCAGUGCUACCGCUGUGAGGACUGCGGAACUCUACUUUCUGAAGGAGACAAUCAAGGCUGCUACCCACUGGAUGGACACAUCCUUUGCAAGUCCUGCAAUUCAACGCGUAUUCAGGCUCUCACUGCAAAGUCUAGUACUGAUCUGUGAAUAGAUAGCACCUGCACUUGAACGUUCCAGUCACCUUCCUUGCUUCCUAUCGCCAUUGAAAUCCAAGGCUACCUGCUUGAAAUGAUCAGAUGGGCGUACAAAUCUGGCUUUCUGACUAAGCCCAUCCAUGUUAAACACAACUCACUGCCAUGUUGUAUAGAGAGCCAUUAUAUUUAGUUAAUCUACAUACAUUAUAUAUAAAGCACUAAAAAUGUAAUCAUCCUUAUAAAUUAACCAUUUCAGCUUAAGGAAUCUUAGUGCAAUAGGCUGUGGCUACCUCUACCUCUGAAAGAGUUAACUACAAGAAAGAUGCCAAUUUUUGUUUUUUGCUUUGAAGCAGCUUAUGUCUGUCUAUCCUGAAAAGUAACAUGCUGCCCUAGGAACAGUGUGUGCCAAGAGAGUUUUUUUUAGUUUGUUCUACAUAGCUAAACGAGUACCUGAUAAUCCACCUUCACUGUGUGAAUAAUUACAGAUACUCACACUUACGGCUUCCUCUAAUGCCUUCAUCUCUCAGUAACAUCUGAAGGUAAAUCUCUAUAGAGAGGAAUGACUCAUGGCUCAAUAACCACAUUGGUAUGAGGAGUGGGCAUAGUUCUUCACUGCAUGUCUGUGUUAUACAGAGCUGGAGGUUUUAUGUUUUGCUCAUCAGGCAGCAUAUUUUCAGACAGGAUAAUAUUUUUCCCUUAGAUCAGGCACUUCUUGUCCUAGCUCUGUUUGUUAUUUUUCCCUUUCAUGGCUUUGCUCCUUUAUAUAGCACACUAUUUGGCUGCUACUGCUGGUGAUGGAAUUUUUACAGACGUGAUUGGAUAUUUUUAAAUGCGCUUUAUCAUUGGUAUGUGGUUACAAAUAUGCAAGCACACACACUCACCUGUUCACUUGUAGACUUGCUGCAAGAGCACAAAGUAACACUAUUUAGCAUUCUAGAUGAUGACUCUGUGGCUGUGUGAUCCAGAGAUAUGCAAAGCUAGCUAUGUGCCUUAAUGUUACAUAGUUACUGAGUCACCAACAGUCAGAGUGCCCAGGCUGUGCGCCAGCAAUAUCUUUAGGAAAAUUAUUAUUGUAAUUCUAGAAGUACUUUCAAAGAUUGCAGUGCUUAGCAACCUUUGUAUUUACAAAAGACUCAAAUACACUUCAUUUAUGAGCCAAUACUACAGAAGAAGCCAAACCAUAUAGCUGAAAAAUAGUAUUUAAAUUUUAGGUGUAUCUUUGUUUUAUUGGCUUUACUACUUGUUUGCAACAUUAUUUUUCAUUAGAUCUUAAAGAGGUUAAUGUGAAUUUUGUGUCUGCCAAAAGGCUCUAGGGUAUAGGGACAUAUUGAGUCAUUCCUAAUUUUUUUCUUUUCAGACAGGAACAUGGCUAUAAAUUCUAAAAUGCUCUUAAAGAGAGUCCAUUAAUAAACAUGCGUUUGCCACCACUUUGUAGCCUUAUCAAAAUUGCUUGAGUUUAAAGAGUAAAGAUGUACAGGCUAUUGCAAGCCUUAUAUUGGUCCUAGAACAGUGAGUUAAAAAAAUAUUGCAUGUCUGUGGCCUUAAAAAGGAAAGCAUAUUAUGUUAGUAUUUUUGUAUUCCAUUUUGCUUAAAAAUUGAAGUUUCUCUAUAAUAAAAAGUGCCUAUACAUUUUUUAUAUAUAUAUAUAUAUAUAUAUAUAUAUAUAUAUAUAUAUAUAUAUAUAUAUAUAUAUAUAUAUAUAUAUAUGAGUUUUCCCCAGCCUUUGCAGGGUUAAUAAGUUUAAUAGAUGUCUAAUGGGUAACACUUUGUUCUUGAGAACAAUACUAUUGCAAUUUUCAGUGCCACAUUACCAUGUUCUGUCCAUUUGUGAUUAUAAUUAGUAGUCCAGUAGAAGAAUUACACAGCUUCUUCCUUAAAAUGUUGUUGGAGAAAUUACAAUAAAAGCAAAAACAGUAAUUUCUUAUACUAUGGUUAAAGUGAGAUUAUAUAUAUAUAUAUAUAUAUAUAUAUAUAUAUAUAUAUAUAUAUAUAUAUAUAUAUAUAUAUAUAUAUAUAUAACCCAUAUGGGACCAUUAAAAAACAAGUUGGAGAAAUAAAUCAUACCGGUCCAUAAGUAUCACUUAAAUGUCAGUGUAAACUCCUACUGACAGAAUAUAAAUCCCCCAAUGUUUCCAAAGUUGGAGCAGACUCCUCUUACCACAGGUAGAAAGAGUACACAAAACAUAACUGCCAAAUAUGUAGCCAGUUAUUAAUAGUUGUUGCUCUUUUUCAGCCAAUGGCUGGGCACACAGGCAUCGGGUGGGUCUGCCCAUUGAUGUUUUAAAUUUGCUUACAGAUAGGGCAGUUUUGUAUUGUUAUAGGUAUAUAAAAUAAUCCUCUGUAUUCUCAUGCAUUUCAGCUCUGAAUAGACUUUGUCAUAAAUAGCACUGUACUCUGAAUCGAUUUAUAUAUUACAUUCACCAAUGGAAAAUCAUAAUAAUAAUCUUACAAUCUGCCCUUCUUUUUUCUUUGAUCACAGUUUAUAUUUAGAUAGUACACAGUAUUUGCUCCUUAAAAAUGUAUUUUCUCAUUGCCAUAAGAUACCUGUUUACAUUUCUUAUAGCUUAACUUUUCAUGUUAAGCUAUACCACGUUCUCCCAACUGCAAUACCCUCUAAAGCACCAUAGUAUGCUAUGCAGCUGAAUAGUGGGAGCUGCCAAUAGUAAAUAAGAUUAAAUGAUUUUGUAAAACUGCGGGGCAAACUUGCACAACUUGCCACUCAGUCUAGGUUUGCUGAUCUCUUUUUCUGUGAAGUGUACGAGAACAGCUCUGUAUUAGAUUCUCACCUGUUUACUUGAAGAUGAUUCUAUUUUGUUUUUAUUUUUUAUUACAUUUGUAUUCCUGGCCAUAUAUUUACAGUUUUGAUUUAUUUUGAAUCCAUUACGUAAAUCUUAGGAGCUUGUAUAAUAAAUAAAAUGGCACAGCAGGUUAGUAAAAGAAAGACCCCUUUCAUAUACUUAAAAAAAAAAAAAAAACCGAUACAAAAGUUCCUCUUUAGUCUUUUACUACAUAUGGGAAUUUUUUACUGACCUUUUUUGCUAUUUUUAAAAAUUCACCAUAAGUGCUGUUUUGAAUUUGAAGAUAUUUCCAGUGUUUUGUAAUAAAUCCUAAAGCAAUCUAAUGUACCUCAAUUACAGGAGGACUGUGGUUAGGUAUUUAUAAAAUAUGUGAAAACUUUGUGAACUUUUAUUACCAUGGAAAUCUCCUGACACAAUCUGAAUGGAAUAACCACAUAGUAUUGGUCUGGUACAUAUCACUUUCUGUGGGUAACACCAAUCUUUGUACACUACAUCAGUGAGUUAUGUCUGUUGUAUCUGAUAAUCUUUAUUGAGAUUGUUAGGUAUAAUGGCUGAAAGAUAUUGUAUCUAUUGCCAGCUCCUAGGGUGGAAUCCAUGACUAUUACUAGUGGUUUGGUAUAUGUAUUGUAGUACUUUAAUUUGUCCCUGCUAUACUAUGCCAGUGUCAGAAACAUGACUUAUAACACUUUAGAUUUUUAGCUCUUUAAUUUGAUAAAACCUGUCCAGGAUCAUGGUCAAGCUGGCAACCAAAUAUAACCCCCACCAUAUGAUUUGAAAGCCCCUUUAGAUUUUUUUCUAUGCUUUGUGAACACAUUCUUAUAUCUAUCACAUAAAAAGGCAUUUAUUCCAGUGCCAAUAUUGUAUGUGUCCCACGUUUUAGUUUUUUACCUUAUGAUACCUGUAAUUUGUAACGGUCCUUAUGUCCUUAUCUUAAACUUAUCUGCAGUAUAAGAAUGCUUGUGUUAGUGCAAAAAUAAAAGCAGUUUGCUCAUUUCUGAAUGUUUCAAACCUACGAUCUAAGAGCAUUUAGCUACACAUUACCCUGCUCACAUUUUAUUUUCAUGAUAUCUGUAGUUUAUUUCAUACUUCAUUUGUUAUCCACAAGUUUUUCAGUAUUCAUGUUCAGUAUGUGUGGUUUAUCAUUUCACAGAUGUAGGCUUUUAUAGUAAUUUCACAAAAUUAUGACAGCAGGUAUUGUACAAUAGUAAUGCAAGGGCAAAAGCAUAUUUCCAUCAAAAUUUAAUAAUCCAAAGACAAACCCUGGCACCAAAGACAACAUAAACACAUUUUACAUUUUUAUGUAGACUUUCAAUUGUAUUUUUUCUUCUGAAGAUGUAUUUUUUACAGUUAAACACUUUGUACUACAAGAUGGGAGGGUCUCAGAAACAGACUGGAGAUUGAUAAAUACAAGUAGAUUUUUCUAAUGGACACCAAGUGGCACUCGUAAUAGAAAGGCUGGAUACAAUCUGCUGAAAAUAAUCAUCAGUGCAUGAAAUUACAUUAAGUUGUUUAAAAAUAAAAAUAUUAAUCAAUGAAAGGUUAUGUAAGUAAAUAUAUGUAUUCUGUUCUAAUCUGAUUUUAUACUCUUAAGAUUUUUUUUUUUAAUCUACAAACAAUAAUAAACACAAUGCUUCACAAUAAAUUUAAUAAAUUUUCUAUUUGCAUUAA